GAUGAAACUCCAAUUUCUCCUCGUUUUCGCACUAAUUCAACCUUCCUACCAACAAUUCGACGCCUCACAAUGUCAGAUUUCAAAGGGAUGUCAUAUUCCUGAAUCGACCCAGUCUAAUGGAAUGGGUGUCGCUUGGAGCUUGUUGGAUGAUGAGACACUUCUAUUGGAGUUGUUCGUGAAUUCUGAUGAGGAGAAAGGACGUUAUGUGGCUGUUGGGUUUUCGAAUGAUGAGCAUAUGGGCAACGAGCCUGUGAUCGAAUGUUCAGCGAUUGGAAAUCAGAAGCCUUCGAUGAAAUUUUCAUUCGACAAAACGAAUGGAAAAGGAAACGAGAGAAUCGCUGGGGACUACACCGCCCAUUUCUCCAACAACACUGCCGUUUUCGAAAAUGGAGUUCUCUACUGUAAAUCGAAUGUCAAAGUGUCAGGGUCUUCUGAAAAUUCGAAUGUUUUCAAGUUUGACCCUUCUACUCAAUAUCAUUUGCUUCUUGCAAACGGGAAAACUACGGCCAAAGGGCUCGGAUAUCAUAAGGACCAGUCGUCAGUUUCUAGAAAACUUCGACUUUCUGAGAGCUCUCCAGGAUUCGAUCAAUCGGAAUGUGGAAAAACAAAAGGAUGCACAAUGCCUGCAGCGAAUUCGUGCUAUAAUGUCGAUGGGAAUAUCGGAGCAUCGUACCAGGUUAUAAGUGAUAAUCAGAUCGCGUUUGAGAUUUUCGGACCCGCCAAUACGACGGUCAAUGAGAAUGUCUACGUGGCUCUUGGAUUUUCGGAUGAUGAGAAAAUGGCAAACAUAAGUGUGAUCGAAUGCUCAAAUCUUCCAUCAGAAACCGCUCCAACAAUGAAAUUCAGCUAUAACCCCGGCUUCAAAAAUGCCCGAAUCGACGGAGAACCUCCAAUCCGUGCAAAAUUCAUCCAACAAUCAAUUGGCCGAAUCAGCGAUGGCUCAAUAUAUUGUAAAGGAGUUGUGAACGUCGGCGGAGAGGCUGAAAAUCCGCAAAUUUUCAAAUGGAAUAAGAAUCAAGGCUACCAUUUAAUGUUUGCCGCCGGAUUCUCGGCAGACACUGGCCUCACUCAACACUGGGGAUCAUGCGUUUCGAUUCUAACAUUUUUGGAUCAAGUCAACAAUUUGGGCUUUAACGAUGCCACAUGUGGGCUUACAAAAGGAUGUUUCACCCCAACUGACUGCACGGAUGGUUGUGAUGAUAUCCGAUCAUCAUGGUCUCUGUUGAGCGAUAAUCAAAUCCAUGUCGAGCUUACCGGAAAAGUGAACGCCACGAAUAAAUACGUGGCGAUGGGAUUCUCGACGAAUGGAACCAUGGGCAACACGUCAGUCAUUGAAUGCUCGUCUUUUGAUAACUCGAAUUUCUCGAUGACCUUCUCCUAUAACUUAGUUAAUGCUCCUGAUUAUUCGAAUCUGCGAUCAACUUCCGAUGUAUCCGGCUUGUUCACGAACAGACGUGUCCAGUUCGUUGAUGGAGUUCUGUACUGCUCAGCCGAUGUCGCCGUCGUCGGCGAUGCCAACGAUCAAACGGUGUUCAAGUAUGAUCCAGCGACAAAGUACAGUAUAAUUAUGGCAACUGGUGAUACUUCAACGAAGGGAAACGUCAAGGGUUUGGGAUAUCAUAAGAAGAAGCGAAGUGUUGCCCCAUUGCAACUUCUCAGUGAUUAUACGCCACCAACUGCUGCUCCACCGCCAAGUGGGAAGGGAACAUUCGACAGCUCCACGUGUGGUAAAGACAAGGCCUGUUAUACACCGCCCAAUAAUGUUGACACUGUGGCCUAUAAAGUGCUCAACGAUUCCUACAUUGAAUUCGAAAUCUCGUCUACACAGUCAUCAUCUUCUGGAGUCUACACAGCUCUUGGAUUUUCAAAUGAUGGAAAAAUGAAUCCAGCAAAUGUUAUAGAAUGUUCAUCACUGGGCUCCCAACCACUUUCCAUGAAGUUCUCCACGAAUUCCGGAUACUCAAACGACCGGAUUAGUGGUGAAGAAGCGAUUCGAUCACAAUAUAUCACGAAUACUGAAACUUCAUACGUCGACGGAAAAAUUUAUUGUAAAGGAACUGUCAGAUCCGAUGGAAAUUCCAAUGCAGCUAUUUUCAAAUACACACCCAAACAGCAAUAUCAUCUAAUUAUCGCCAAAGGAACCGCCAGCCCGGGAGGGCUAGGCUAUCACGGCACAAAUAGAUACAUAUCGACUGCUCGCCUUCUCACUGAUCUUGGAGCAGGAAAUGAAUCAGGAUCGAGCAAUACCCUUUUAAUUCUACAUGCGAUGUUUAUGACUAUCGCCUGGAUGACUAUGGUCCCGAUUGCUGUGAUUUUUGCGAGAGUUUUGAGAUCUUCAUGGCCAACGACUAAACCAGGAGGAUUGCUUAUAUGGUUCCAUAUUCACCGCGGCGCUAAUCUCAUCGGAAUAGCUCUCAUGAUUGCAGCCUUUGUGCUAAUCUUGAUACAUAAAGAUUGGAAGUUCACUACAAUUGGCUGGGGUGGAAAGCAUGCAAUUAUUGGAAUUAUCGCACUUUGUUUGGCAUGGCUUCAACCAUUUAUCAGUACUCUGAGAUGCUCACCAAAUGAUUCUCGACGUCCAAUUUUCAAUUAUAUCCAUCGAGGAAUUGGUGUCACUGCAAUGGUUCUAGCUACUACUGCCAUAUGUAUUGCUGGAUAUCAUUUUACUGGAGGGAGACACGUCGUUCAGCUCGUUCUAGCGCUUAUUCCAAUUUCCGUGAUCUUUGCAUUAUCAUUGUUCUUUAUAAUUUUCAACAAUGUUGUCGAUGUGGACACAAAGUCAUUUACAAAGACGAACGGAGCUUCGGCCAGAACCGAAGAUAUACCGAUGCGGCCCACUUCGAAAACUGAAUCUGAAACAACUUGGGCCAUUCAGUCCCCGCCAACCAGCACCGAUAGCAACCGGGAGGUGCCUGCCGAGAAGAAGAGGCUUUGGGUGAACCGCUUCCGGGAGUUUGUGGUCUACGGUGCUGUACUGAUUUUCAUCGCUGUUGGCACAAUUCUGUCAGUCUUCUUUGGUACCGGAUUCUCAUAAUUUUAUAUCGCAAAUUUACCAUACGAAACAAUUCUUGUCAGAAAUCUUUCUCUCUUACCGGUGAUAUUUAUGUAUUUUCCUUAUUCUGUGAAUCCUUUUUUAUCAUAUGUAUAUGCAUGAAUAAGCUUUAACUCGAAUCUUCCAAUAAAUUCAUUA